AUGGAUUAUUCAACAGGGACCGAAGGGCUUAUUUUGGCUCAGACACAUCAGACGUCUGCUCGCAUUCUCACGCUGAAUCGUCCUAACAAGCGAAAUGCUUUAUGCCAGGCACUUAUCGACGAGUUAUUGCGACAGCUGGAGAUAGCCUCGGCUGAUCCGCAGAUCAGAGCCAUCGUCAUCGCUGGUUCAGGCGCCAUCUUUUCGGCUGGUGCAGACAUUAAAGAGAUCGCUCAAUUGGAUGGCGAAACUGCUCGGCAGAAACGGUAUCUUGAAGAUCUCUGUCAUGGAAUGAAACAGGUCCGCAAGCCGAUUAUUGCGGCGGUGGAGGGUAAAGCGCUUGGUGGUGGUUUUGAACUUGCAUUGAUGGCAGACUUUAUCGUCGCCCCGCCUAACGUGGAAUUUCGACUUCCGGAAAUAUCAAUCGGUCUGAUCCCGGGUGCUGGAGGUACACAGAGGGUGACCGCCGCUGUGGGCAAGUACAGGGCAAUGAACAUGAUGCUGCUCAACGAGCCACUUUCGGGACAUGAGGCCUUUCAGCUCGGACUCGUUAGCAAACUGGUCGAACCGGGGAAAGCUUUGUCGGGGGCGUUGGAGAUUGCAGAGAAACUGGCUUCUCAUAGUGCCUCCACGUUGAUGGUGGCAAAGGAGGCAAUAUGCAGAGCGGACGAAUUGCAACAUGACCAUGAAUUUGAGCGGUCACUAUAUUACGCCACUUUUGGGACCCGCGAUAUGGUGGAGGGUGUCAAUGCAUUUCUUGAGAAGCGUGCACCCGUGUGGAGGACGCCAUCUUGA